AUGACCAAUUUUGACUUCGGUUUUCGAAACCGGAGCCAGGAGAGUGAGAAGGAUGGCUGGUUUGGCAAACUUCCUCAGUUCACCAUCAUCUCCCGCCCGGAAUCGUCGUUAGGGCACAGCACCCCCUCGUCCGGUCUGGCCACCCCGACCGAAGAGAAGGGUCUUACUACUCUACAGCCCUGUCCAGAAAUCGGUCGGUUGGCUUCUUGGAGAGGAGCGUUAAUCUUGCUGGUGACAUCUGGCUCCCAAUUUCUCGACAAUGUUUUCAUGACCAGCUCAAAUAUCGCCCUAUCAUCUAUCCAAGAAGACUUUGGCGUGUCUAGUACCGAUUUACAGUGGAUGAUUUCGGCUUAUACUUUGACCUUUGGUGGCUUUCUCCUGCUGGCAGGAGUGCUAUCCGAUCGUUAUGGGAGAAAAAUGAUCCUCUGCCUUGGCCUUUUUUGGCUUUCCAUCUGGACCCUUGCUAUUGGGUUUGGCCAGUCUUUCAUUCAGCUCGCGGUCUUUCGUGGUAUCCAGGGAAUCGGUGCAGCGUUGACUGUCCCAUCUGCGAUCGGAAUCAUCAGCUCCUACUUUUCUGGAGUCGAUCGAACCCGGGGUCUGUCUAUUUACGCAGCCUCGGGAACCCUGGGAUUCUGCGUUGGUCUCAUCUUCGGUGGUUUCCUUACAUCCUCACUAGGCUGGAGAUACAUCUUCUACUUAAUUGUAAUCAUCACCGGCUUGCUCGGUAUCCUGGGCGCUAUAGUCCUCCCCAAAGACGAACUAGCUGGGAAGGAAAAGCCAAAGAUGGAUUACCUCGGGGCUCUGAUGUCUACUGCUGGUCUUAUUCUUCUUCAGUUUGUCCUAUCCAGCGGAGGUGACUACGGCUGGGGCACUCCAUUCAUUAUUGUUCUUCUCAUUCUCGCUGUUGCUCUCCUAGGUGCCUUCACUCUUCUUGAAUGGUACAUAUCAUACCCGAUUAUGCCUCUAGACAUAUGGAAGAUCCCCAAUUUUGCAGGACUGUGGAUUGCAGGAUUCACCUGCUACGGUAGCUACCAAAAUGUCAUCUACUACAUCGUUUUGAUGGCACAGCAAGUGGACAAUCUUUCCGCCGGGGACACAGCCCUUCGCUUUUUGCCCAUGGGCGUGAUUGGGUUCAUCGCCUCCAUGGGAACAGGCAAGGCGCUCGAAUACGUGAACGGGAAAUAUACUCUCAUCGCAGGACUGGUCCUGACAGUAAUAGCUCCCAUCCCUAGCUCCUUGACGGCAACGAACUCAGAGCCAGAUUUCUGGGUGAAUGUCCUCCCCGCAUCCCUCAUCAGCAUCACAGCCGUAUCGUUGAUAUUCGUCACAACAAGCACAACAAUCCUGACUACCGUCCCAGUCAAUGUGAAAAGCUUGUGCGGUGGAAUGCUAAACACAGCCUUCCAAAUCGGCUCCGGUGUAGCCCUCGCCAUCUCCGCUGCUGUCACAGAUUCCGUCGACAUCCAAAAAGGCCAUGGUCUUGCACAACAAUAUUCCACCGGCCUAUGGUGCUCUGCCGGACUCGCCGGGCUCGGUCUGAUCAUCGCCCUGAUCACAGUCCGCAGACGCGGCAUCGGACCAAAUGAUAGGAACGAUAGCCCCGUCGCGAUUUAA